AGUAUGGAGGACAUUCAAGCUUCUUCAUGAUCUUUAUUAAUUUACUGAAUUAUUACUCGAUUUACUAUAUUAUUUUAUGUGGUUAUUAGUGUGAUAACUAAUUUUGUAUUUGAAUAGUGAAAAAAGAUAUCUAUUUAAUCGAAAUGCAUGCGUGAUUGUAAAGAAGAAAUUGCGGUAAAAUACAUUGAUUGUAAAAACGUGCGUUUGCCAUUGAAUAAGAAUUUUUUCUCUGGGGUUAUUUGCACCCGAAAAAGAAAAGCUGUUUUAUGCGAGUUUAUGAUUGUUUAUCAUUAAUAAAAUUCGGAAAAAAAUGGUUGUCACCGUAGCCUCUGUACGUCAACAAUUAGCAAAUUUAGCUCAUUCUGGAGGUUCACACAAAGAUCAGGCUGACAAAUAUCGAGCAAUAUUAGAUGCAAUAAUAUUAUCAUCCGGUGAAGAACUCGCUGAGACUUUAAAAGUUUUUAUCGAAGCAAUUGUAAACGAAAAUGUCAGUUUGGUUAUUUCAAGACAAGUUCUUACGGACGUUAGUAGUCGACUUUUAAAUCUACCUGAUGAGAUUUCAAAAGCAGUUUCACAUUAUACUUUAGAUAAGGUUCAACCGCGAGUGAUUUCUUUUGAAGAACAAGUAGCUAGUAUAAGACAACAUUUGGCCGAUAUUUAUGAACGCAACCAAAAUUGGCGAGAAGCUGCUAAUGUUCUCGUUGGCAUUCCUUUAGAAACUGGUCAAAAACAAUAUACUGUAGAUUAUAAACUCGAAACGUACCUCAAAAUUGCUCGACUUUAUUUAGAAGACGAUGAUCCCGUUCAAGCCGAGGCCUUUAUUAACAGAGCAUCUCUUCUUCAGGCCGAAUCAAAGAACGAACAGUUGCAAAUUUAUUACAAAGUUUGUUACGCUCGCGUCUUAGAUUAUAGAAGAAAAUUUAUUGAAGCUGCACAGCGAUACAAUGAACUUUCCUAUCGAUCAAUUAUCCACGAAGAUGAGAGGAUGACAGCAUUGAAAAAUGCUCUAAUUUGCACCGUCCUUGCUUCCGCUGGUCAGCAAAGAAGUCGUAUGCUCGCAACACUUUUCAAAGACGAACGAUGUCAAAAUUUACCGGCUUAUUCAAUUCUCGAGAAAAUGUAUUUGGAUCGAAUAAUUCGUCGCUCUGAACUCCAAGAGUUUGAGGAAUUUUUGCAACCACAUCAAAAGGCCUGCACGACAGAUGGACUUGGAUCAACGAUUCUCGAUCGGGCAGUAAUUGAACACAAUUUAUUGUCGGCCAGUAAACUUUAUAAUAACAUUACAUUCGAGGAAUUGGGCGCUCUACUCGAAAUCCCACCGACUAAGGCUGAAAAAAUUGCCAGUCAAAUGAUAACCGAGGGGCGAAUGAAUGGCUACAUUGAUCAAAUUGACUCAAUUGUUAAUUUCGAAACUCGUGAAACACUGCCAACUUGGGACAAACAUAUUCAAUCGCUUUGCUAUCAAGUGAAUCAGAUUAUUGAGAAGAUUGCUCAGACUGAACCGGAAUGGAUCGCAAAAGCCAUGGAUGAUCAGAUGGUGCACUAACUAUUUCUGAAAAUUAGAAAUAAUCUAAAAAAAACGAAUCCGAAGAAAAAACCUUUUUCAAUAUUAUUUUUUUUUCUCCCUUCUUUUUAAAGUAUUAAGUUCGAAAAAGGCAAAUAAAGUUCCACUUUGGAAAGUCCUAUUUGUUAAGAAAAAAGAAAACAACAUACUAAUUUAAAUAAAACAUAGCUUAUUUGGAUUAAUUAAAAGAAAAAGAAAAAUUGUUCCCACAUCCAAAUGUUCUUUUUUUCUUUGUAAAUAAAUCAACUAUCACGCCAAAAUUUAA